UGCAGGCGGGUCUCGGGCCGCAGCCUGGCGCACGCCGGCUCGGGCCUGUGGACGAGUCUCGCGCUGUGCCCGGGAGCCGGGCUCCGGACCCACGCUGGCCAUGGCGAGCGGCGCAGCUAGAUACCGGCUGAGCUGCUCGCUCCCGGGCCACGAGCUGGACGUGAGGGGCCUGGUGUGCUGCCUCUACCCGCCGGGGGCCUUUGUGUCUGUGUCCCGGGAUCGCACCACCCGCCUCUGGGCCCCAGACAGUCCUAACAGGGGCUUUACGGAAAUGCAUUGUAUGAGCGGCCAUUCUAAUUUUGUGUCUUGUGUAUGCAUCAUACCCUCAAGUGACAUUUAUCCUCAUGGACUAAUUGCCACUGGAGGAAAUGACCACAAUAUAUGCAUUUUCUCGCUGGAAAGUCCGAUGCCAAUUUAUAUUUUAAAGGGUCACAAAGACACUGUUUGUAGUCUUUCAUCUGGAAAAUUUGGGACAUUGCUUAGUGGCUCAUGGGACACCACUGCAAAAGUCUGGCUGAAUGACAAAUGCAUGAUGACAUUACAGGGUCAUACAGCUGCAGUAUGGGCAGUAAAGAUUUUACCUGAACAGGGAUUGAUGUUAACUGGAUCAGCAGACAAGACUAUUAAACUGUGGAAGGCUGGAAGGUGUGAGAGGACUUUUUCAGGGCACGAAGACUGUGUAAGAGGUUUGGCAAUUUUGAGUGAAACAGAAUUUCUUUCCUGUGCAAACGAUGCUAGUAUCAGAAGGUGGCAGAUUACUGGCGAGUGUCUUGAAGUGUUCUAUGGACAUACAAAUUACAUUUAUAGCAUAUCUGUCUUUCCAAAUUGUAGAGAUUUUGUGACAACAGCAGAAGACAGAUCUCUGAGAAUAUGGAAACAUGGUGAAUGUGCCCAAACAAUUCGACUUCCAGCUCAGUCUAUAUGGUGCUGCUGUGUUCUGGAUAAUGGUGACAUUGUGGUUGGUGCGAGUGAUGGUAUUAUUAGAGUGUUUACAGAGUCAGAGGAUCGAACAGCAAGUGCUGAGGAAAUCAAGGCUUUUGAGAGAGAGCUCUCUCAGGCAACUAUCGAUUCCAAAACUGGGGACUUAGGGGACAUUAAUGCAGAGCAGCUUCCUGGAAGGGAACAUCUGAAUGAACCAGGUACUAGAGAAGGACAGACUCGUCUAAUCAGAGAUGGAGAGAGAGUUGAAGCCUAUCAGUGGAGUGUUAGUGACGGGAGGUGGAUAAAAAUUGGUGAUGUUGUUGGCUCAUCUGGUGCUAAUCAGCAAACAUCUGGAAAAGUUUUAUAUGAAGGGAAAGAAUUUGAUUAUGUUUUUUCAAUCGAUGUCAAUGAAGGUGGACCAUCAUAUAAAUUGCCAUAUAAUGUCAGCGAGGAUCCCUGGCUAGCUGCAUACAACUUCUUGCAGAAGAAUGAUUUGAAUCCCAUGUUUUUGGAUCAGGUGGCUAAAUUUAUUAUUGAUAACACAAAAGGUCAAACGUUGGGACUUGGAAAUACCAGUUUUUCAGACCCGUUUACAGGUGGUGGUCGCUAUGUUCCAGGCACUUCAGGACCUUCCAACACAGUGCAGACAGCAGAUCCUUUCACAGGUGCUGGUCGUUACAUGCCGGGUUCUUCUGCAGGUAUAGGCACCUCCACGUCUGGAGUCGAUCCAUUUACAGGAAGUAGUGCCUACCGAUCAGCUGCAUCUAAAACAGUGAAUAUUUAUUUCCCCAAAAAGGAAGCUCUUACCUUUGACCAAGCAAACCCUACACAAAUAUUAGGAAAACUGAAGGAACUUAAUGGAACUGCACCUGAAGACAAGAAGCUAACGGAAGACGACUUGGUGCUUCUUGAGAAGAUACUGUCUCUAGUUUGUAAUAAUUCUUCAGAAAAGCCAACAGCCCAGCAACUUCAUAUUUUAUGGAAAGCUAUCAACUGGCCUGAAGACAUUGUCUUUCCUGCACUUGACAUUCUUCGGCUAUCAAUUAAACAUCCCAGUGUGAAUGAGAAUUUCUGCAAUGAAAAAGAAGGAGAUCAGUUCAGCAGCCAUCUUAUCAAGCUUCUGAACCCUAAAGGAAAGCCAGCAAACCAGCUGCUUGCUCUUAGGACUUUUUGCAAUUGCUUUGUUAGUCAGGCAGGACAAAAGCUCAUGAUGUCCCAGAGGGAGUCACUGAUGUCACAUGCAAUAGAACUGAAAUCGGGGAGCAAUAAGAACAUUCAUAUUGCUCUGGCUACAUUGACCUUGAACUAUUCUGUUUGUUUCCAUAAAGACCAUAACAUUGAAGGGAAAGCUCAAUGCUUGUCAGUAAUUAGCACAAUCUUGGAAGUUGUACAAGACCUAGAGGCCACUUUUAGACUGCUUGUGGCUCUUGGGACACUUAUCAGUGAUGAUUCAAAUGCUAUUCAAUUAGCCAAGUCCUUAGGUGUUGACUCUCAAAUAAAAAAGUAUGCCUCCGUAUCAGAGCCAGCUAAAGUAAGUGAAUGCUGUAGACUUAUCUUAAAUUUACUGUAACAAUGGGCAAGGGAAGCUGAGAUUUUAAGUUGAUUAAUAGGGGUAUUAUUUUUUUUUUCACAUUUUACAUGACCAAUUGCAGAUGUUUAAAAAAUAGAAAAGAGAGAAAAGAAAACAACUGUGGAUUAAGUUCAGAUCUUGUAAAGUUGUGUUGAGGAGAAAGAAAUUAUAAAUAAAGUUUUUGCACUGA